GUGGGAGGAGCUAAACGCUGACUGCAUCCAGCAGGACAAGGCGGACAUGGACAAUCCCGUGCCCGGGACUCCAGGAAGCGCACUAACAAUAGCCUGGUGCCCCGAGCGCUCCGUGCAGCCUCCCAAUGCCAGCGUUUAGCCCCCGGACGCCAUUCUACCUUCCCCUCAGCACGGCACACGCCAAGCAUCCCCUGCAUUUGUGACUAGCGCUCCCCGUGCCCAGUCGGCGCUCCAAGCCAUGUCUGGCAAACACCAGCAUUUCAAGGGACCCGAAGUCAGCUGCUGCGUCAAGUAUUUCUUGUUCGGCUUUAACAUAGUGUUCUGGUUGUUGGGAGCCUCUUUCCUGGCCAUUGGCUUAUGGGCAUGGGCAGAGAAGGGUGUGCUUUCCAACAUCUCAUCCAUCACAGACCUGGGCGGCUUUGACCCUGUCUGGCUCUUCAUGGUCACCGGGGCUGUGAUGUUUGUGCUGGGGUUCGCUGGCUGCAUUGGAGCACUACGGGAGAACACCACUCUUCUAAAAUUUUUCUCGGUCUUCCUUGGGCUGAUCUUUUUCCUUGAGCUGACAGCAGGAAUCCUGGCCUUCGUAUUUAAAGACUGGAUCAAAGAUCAACUCAAUUUCUUCAUUAAUAACAAUGUCAAGGCAUAUCGAGAUGAUAUAGACUUGCAGAACCUCAUUGAUUUUGCUCAGGAAUAUUGGUCCUGCUGUGGUGCUCAUGGACCCAAUGACUGGAACCUCAACAUUUACUUCAAUUGCACAGAUUCUAAUCCGAGCCGAGAGCGCUGUGGAGUGCCGUUCUCAUGUUGUGUGAAGGACCCUGCAGAGGAUGUUCAGAACACACAAUGUGGAUAUGACGUGAGGCUAAAGCUGGAGCUGGAGCAACAGACUUACAUAUACACGAAGGGAUGUGUGGGCCAGUUUGAGAAGUGGCUACAAGACAACUUAAUAGUAGUUGCCGGAGUGUUUGUUGCAGUUGCUUUGCUGCAGAUAUUUGGAAUCUGCCUGGCUCAGAAUUUAGUUAGUGAUAUUAAAGCUGUGAAGGCGAACUGGUGACAUACUGCCCUGUGUUCUCCUCAGCCCGGCCACGACGGACACUGGAGCCUGCCUUAUGGGACUGCACUGUAACAUCACAGAGACUUGGCACUGGACUUUUAUCGGACUGCCCCUUUCUCUCAAUAGUGUUUUGUGGCAAGUUGGUGGGAUGAAGGUGGUCCAACCUCUUAUUAUUUUCCCUUCUGCUGUGUUCUAGUUGGGGGAUGAUGCCAUAUUCUGUGUCAUAAAUUCCUACUUCCGGCCUGGGCUUCCUUCCCUCCCUGGGCAUGGAGGGGCUGGCAUUGGAAGCCAUGGUGUAAAUAAGUGCAUGUACAAGAAAAGGGCAGCGUGACAGUGAUUUAUAUUUAUAAAUAUAGUAUAUAUAUAUAUCUAUAUCUAUAUAACAAAAUGAAAAGACUCAACACACCAACUUCUGAUGAAGGCCUCAAUGUGGUCUAACUAAAGGGACCUUUUCUGGCACAUGAUUGUGGUGUGUGGUGCCAGCACCCCUUUCCCUGUAUUGUCAGACACUGGAGCCGUUGCAGCUGCCCAUGCAACCUUUACUAGAAGGUAUUUUUGCUUUUGUUUUUGUCAUUUCUUAAAGGCGGGGUAUUUUCUGUGUUUCCUAUGAGAGUAUUGGACAUGCCAGCUGUUUCAGAAGCACAUCGAAAGAAGUUCCGUGGAAGAGGUCUACAGUAGAUUGGCCAGUUGCGGCGGAGCGUGCGUGGCUAUCGCUGCAGACUGACGGGAGAGUAUUUGUUGCCACUCUUGUUACAGCUUAAGGCGAUCCAUUUCUUUUUACAGCCUCAUCCCCAAUACAGAGAAAAUCCUUAUCGUACAUGACAUUUGAAUGUGCAUUUUCACUGAUCGAGACGCCCACACGACAGCCAUGAACACUACGGCUAUCCUGCCCAGUUUAUAUGCCAUGGUGUAUGCUAAUGUAUGGAUUGUUUACUGAAGUCUUAAUGGAUCAGUUUUCAUUAAAAUGCCCACAGCCUGCUGCAUUCUCGAAACUGGACGACCGCAUUCAAGACCAGGACUGCUAGGUUGUGUCCCGCAUCCUCCUUUGCUGGCCUUCCGUUUUAUAUCUUGCCCGUGCCAUCCUUAAUAACCUGCUAAUGUCUUAUUUUUAGUCUGUGUGUUUUGUAACAAGGCUUUAUGUUUCUUUUAUACGUCUGUCUGGGCAUAAAGCACAUACGUCCAUUGAACUCCCUGAGAUGAUAAAUCUACUGCACAGCUAUGUGGUUCCUUCCUGUAGGCUACCUGGUGAAAACAUCAUUCCAAAUAGCAAACCUUCAAAUGCUAGUGUUUAUUUGAACUGGAAAGGGUCCGACGAAGACUGAAGACCAGAGUCCCCAUUUUAUUUCCACGUUUUAUCUUUUUUCGGGGACAUUUACUUUGAAAAGGGAAAUGUUUUUAGAGUUCUAGUUAGGUUCCUUGAAUGUGAUGGCGCACACAUUUCCCGGGGUAAUUAUCAUUCGAUUAUGGGUACUAUAUAUGAUGCGACAAACCAGUAGAAAGCCAUCA